AUGAAGCGCUUCACUCAUUCAUACUUACCUCGUCUGCUGCCGCGCAGCGAUCUGCCAGGGGCUGUGCAGCCGACCCCGUGGGGCCUCAACCGUUAUGUCUUGUUAAUUACCUACUCUUUUUAUAUCUUUGUCACUGGCUGCGUGUAUAUGGGCUGGGCUCCUCUAGCAACGAUGAUCUUGCGGGCUGGGGGCUUCUCCUACUUGUGUGACGAGGACAGCACUGCCUUCUUGGAGGGGCCUGGACAGGAACAAAUUCCUGGUGUGUGCAACGCUCAGGAGGCGGCUGUUCAGAAGCUUUACACCUUGACCCUCGCAGUACACUUCUCCUCCUCGGCUCUUGCGGGUUUCCUUGUGGAUUCCUUAGGGCCUCGUCUGACGGCGCUGCUGGGGCAGUCCAUCAGUUUUACUGGCUGGUGUCUUCUGGCCAGUACGACUCGCAACUCUCGCUACACCCUGCCUGCGGCCUUUGUGUUGAUUGGGCUCGGAGUUGACACAUCUUCGCUGCCCCAUCUGUGUAUCGCGCGGCUCUUCCCCGGCAGCGCUGGUCUGAUCAUUACCAUCACUGGCUCCGCUGCCUCGGCGUCUAUGUUUGUGCCGGUGAUCCUCGAAUACUUUGGAGGUAACGACCUCAAGGUAUGCUGGGUAUACGCGUUUGUAGGACCAGGCUGUAUGUUCUUCGUGGCGCUCACCCUUUUCCCCUACCGCAACUUUCGUGUAUAUGAUGUGAACGCCAAGUCAGUGGACGCCAAGCAUGCAGCCACCACACAUGUGAAGGGGUCCAGCAGCACAGAGGAUCAGUCUACCGAGCACACGCAAUCGCGUUACCCACGCACACAACCACCCGACAUCCACCAACACUCUCCCUUAGCAAGCCAGGAACCCGAGUCACCAGUUAAAACCUCCUACUCCUGCCCUCCUCUUGGCCCGGUGGCAGAGGCGCUGGCACCCCCGUCACCUCCCGUUGGGGCUUUUGUAGAGACUGGAGGCAGCUCCGUCUCCUUGCAAGUCUUUGGCUCCAGGCAGCUCGGAGAAGCAGCGGCAGAAGGCAGCGCAAAAGACGACGACCUGACUCAUGAAGUUUCCAUGGACAAAUGUCUUGCGCUCCCCGCCGUUCCGGGCAGUGAGAAAAGGUGCAACUUUCGGAGCCAGAUUUUUUCAGAGCGGUAUGUAUUGGUGGUUUUGUACUUUGUGGGAGUUGUGUGGGUCUCCUGCUUCUAUCAGUUGGCUCCCCGGCGAAGCUUCUCCACUUCAGUGGUCGCUUUCCUAGAGGUGGCAUUGCCUCUCAGUUUCAUUCCGUGUAUUAUCCUGGGAAAGUUGGCGGACGUGUGGGGGAUUGUGCGGGUUAUGCUGGCACUCAAUACGUCCGGAUUCCUUAUGUACGCCCUUGCCAUGCUGAGGAGGGAGGCCGCGGGCUAUGCUUCAGUCGUUUUCUUUUGUUUCUAUAUGUCGCUUUUCAUGGGACAGAUCUUUGUGUAUAUUGAGCAUACCUUCUCACCGAAGCAUUUCAGUACCCUCGUGGGUUUGGCGGCCAUGGUAGGGGGAUUGUUGUCGCUUGUUUGCAACUUCUUCUAUGAGAUCGCUGUAUCGAAGGGAGAGAGGGCACCGGUCUUCCCACGACAGCCUCAUCUACAAACAGCAGUUCGUGCGUGA